GCUGGGAAGUGGAAAGAUAUGUACAAUUCAGUGAGGGUAAAACAGAACUUGGUGAUGGACCAGAAUGGAAGAAGGAAUGGUGAGGGAAGAAAGCAGUCCCAUUCCCCUACGAUGGAUCUGUAUACAAAGAGCCUGAAAGAGAACCAGUGCUGACAAUAAGGAAUAAGGACAAAUAUGCACUUUUCAGUCUUAACUAGUUAACCGUAAAGUAUCACAAUCCAGAAAAAUAAAAUGUUGCAAUCCAACAAAUAGCUCUUUGUCAUAUUCUACCGCAUCCACACGGCUUGCUUAAAUUUAGAUUUCACUUAGGGGGGAAAAAAAAAAGUUCGAUGUUAGCACAAGAGCAUCGCCAAUUUUUUACCAAAAACAAACAGAACAAAACAAAGAAACAGGCGUCACCAAGAUCCCUGAUUGUAAAGUCAAAAAACAAAAUGGAAGAAAUAAUGGCACAUGCUGAGGCAGACUAACCUGCAAGGAGUUUUAUCCAAAAGGAAAAAAAAGAAGUUUAGAAACUUUUAGGUACUUACACUAAAUUGCCUCACAAAACUUGCCCAGUUCCUCUAAAGCAUUCUGUUUCGCCAGUUACUACAGCUGGCUUUGAACCCCAAGGCCUCAAAGCACCCUGUGGACAACCGGCACCCAGGACCCUGCGCUAAGAUCCGAUGGCGUCUCCUGCAGCGGCGUCCAAGGCGUUUCUGGUCGGCCUCUCGCAGCAUGGGGCUUUGGAUGCAGUGCACACCCAGAAGCGAACACUUGGAACUCUUGCGUCGCAGAAGACCAAACAGAAAGCCAAAGAGCACGGGAGUACUACCAAUCUCAACAAGAACAAAACUCGCUUCCUCUUCAACACACGCGCGUCAGUCAUUUUUUGCAUUUGAUGGGAGCUCGAAAUGACCCGCCGCCUCCAGCCUCCGAUCUAGCACCUGUCACUUCGCUCAGCCAACCGAGCCCCACCCGCCCGACACCUGUCAACCUGGAGCCGCGACCCCUCCUGGCUGUCCUCCCCUCGCUCCGGAUCCCGGAGCCCUGUCACCCUCCUCCAGACCCUCCGCGGUGGUGGGGGGCAAGGAGGAACCCUCUUUCGCCGGGACCGGGAUCCGGGGCAAAGACGCGCCCCCGCCUAGAUGCCCCGGCGCCGGUCCCGAAGCCCCCUCGGCUCCCUUCCUGCGUUCGCUCUGCGGGGGCGGCUCUGCUCACUCACCUGGCCAGAGAUACUUUUGAUUGCCCACCUCAGAACUUCCCAACUGAAGUACUUUGAAUAAAGUAUAGUUGUGCUCUGAUGUACAUCCCCUCAUUCUUGGAAAGCUGGGCAGCAUGUGAGGCAGCAGGAGCCUUCAGGUAAGUCAUAGAUGCAAGUCUCAUGAGUUUAUCCCAGUGAGUAGUACAAUGGAUUAUCAUUUUCUGUGUAGACCAUGACAUGUGCCACAAUGUAAAAAAGGUUAGCAAGCAUUGGCCUACCCAACACACAGUCCCCCCGGAUCCUACCUUGGGGGCCAAGACUUUGUCAGGAGGUAGGGCCCAGGCCACUGAGAGUGAAUACAAUUAAAAUGGUAGUCCCAUUCAUCUUGCCCACAACUAGUUUAGGCAGCAGAUCAGGAUACAGUUUGACCUUUUAAAGAUGAAAGGUGAUAAUAUUCUGGAAGGCUGAUAAAAUGGGAUACAGAGAUGACAGCUCUUCUACUCCUUAGCUGUUGUCAUAAGGAUAUGACACUUGUAGUUGCUGUAGCCAUUGUGACCUGUGCAGCAGACCGGAGGAUAAGGCAAAAAUGCUGGGGACAGGGCAGUAGGAAUAUCAAAAGAAAAUAAUCUGGGUCCUUGGUGACAUAACUUAGCUUCUGAUUUGAACACCCUGGAGCUGAAUUGCAUGAUUGUUUGCAGCAGAAAGCAUCAUGACUGAUAAUAUUUCUGCUGUGAAUUACUUCAGGAUAGAGACCAAAUCUCAGGCAUUUUUGUAGCCUUAGUACUGAGCACAGUAUUGGACACACAGUAGAUACUUAUUUGUUAAAAAUGAGAGUGGAGAGCAUAGGUAGGAGAACUGAAGGAAGUUCUGGGAACUGAAGUAAACUCUCCCCACAUAUGUAGACUUGCUCUAUUUAAACCCAGUUUACAUCAACACCUGGAUUUACCACAAUUAUAAUAAGUCAAAGAGAGGUUUCUCCAUUUACAAAAGGUUGUGUAUCUUUGCCUUGGACUCCUUUUACCAUGUUUCUGAGUACCUUUAAGAUAUGAUUUCCUCACACACAACUCAGAAGUACUUGAGUAAAUAAAAUCAUUACACUGCUUUCUGUUGUACUACAAAGAAUUGUUAGAGGUUCUAUAGAUUAUUAAAAGAAGUUUUCUCAAGUGACGGAGUAGCAGGGGCAGGGGCCUGGAUCCAUGGUUUCUGGGGACAUCUUGGUCAAUUGGCAUAACAAAAUUUAUUAAGAAAAUGUUCUGCAUCCCACUUCGGUGAGUGGCAUCUUAAAAGCUUGCUAGCAGCCAUCUAAGAUGCAUCAUUUGGUCCCAACCCACCUGGAGCAAAGGAGAAUGAAGAACACCAAAGGCACAAGGAAAAUGUUAGCCCAAGGGACAAAAGGGCCACAUAAACCAGAGAUUUUAUCAGCCUUAGAUCAGAAGAAUUAGAUGGUGCCUGGUUGCCAUCAGUGACUGCCCUGACAGGGAACACAAUGGAGAGUCCCUGACGGAGCAGGAGAAAAGGAGAUGUAGAACUCAGAUUCACAUAAAAAGACCAGACUUAAUGGUCUGACUGAGACUAGAGGAACCCCCGAAGCCAUGGCCCCUGGACGUCUCUGUUAACCCUGAACUAAAACCAUUCUUGAAGCCAACUCUUCAGACAAAAAUUAGACUGGACUAUAAAACAUAAAAUAAUACUCAAAGAGUUUUACUUCUUAGUUCAAGUAGAUACAUGGGACUAAAUGGGCAGCUCCUGUUGGAAGGCAGGAUGAGAAGGCAGAAAGGGAUAGGAACUGGUUGAAUGGACAGCAACCCCGUAGGACAGAGUAGAACUGCCCCAUAGGGUUUCCAAGGAGCACCUGGUGGAUUCGUACUGUCAACCUUUUGAUUUGCAACUGUAGCUCUUAACCACUGUGCUACCAGGGCUCCUUACUGCACAAGAUGAUGAUAAAUACAGAAAUUAAGAGUGCUUAGAAAUGUUUAUGACAAUUUGACAUGUCAGCAACAUCCAAGAACACGAUCAUUGGACAUCUGUUGCUAAGCAUAUAGCUAAGCAAGAGUAUAGUCCAGUUCAGGUGUUCUCCAAUUUAUGUGGUGAGUUGCAGGUGGUAGGGCUGUGUCCUUGUUAUGCAUAGUAGGACCACAUUUACGAUGAGUAAAAUUUUAAGGUUAGCUUGUCAAUUGUAAUCCAAAGUGUUAAAAAUCCAUGAAGAUGUAAAUAUUUAUUCAUUUUUAUAAGUUGUUUUUAUAGUCAUUUUAAUUUUUAAUCAAGCCUCUUUUUUUUAUUUAUAUAUAGCUAAAUUAGGGAAGUAAAAUUUGUGUCAUUUAUUUUUAACCCUAAAUCGUAGAUGAUGAAACAAGCCUCAUUGGCCUGUUUUGUCAAGAAAAGACAGAUGUCACUAGUGGAUUAAUACUACCAGUAGUAAACCAAAUAAUGAUCAGAGAAGUCAUUCCAAAGAAUUAGAGCUAAGAGUUUAUAUUAAUUUUACUCAGAAAUAUAAUCCCCUGUCUGUUCAGUCUGUAGCCAUAACUUUUGGUUAAGUACUAAAACCAUGGACUGAUUAAUGAAGCAAUGAAUCCAUCAAACUUAAGGGACAUUUACAUACAAAAUAUAAAGAAAAUAUUAUCAUAAAUAUGAUAAAACAUUUUGAUUUUGAUUCUCCAUCAAAGUAAUCACCACACACAGGAAAUUCAUGGAUCCAGAAUCUAAAUGUAACUGUAACUUUACAGGGCAAAUUUUUGGAACUCACUACUGAUGAAGGACUGGAGAUGAAUUUUGAAAAUAAAGCAUCUCUUGUUUCAUUUUGGAUAGAAAUUAAAAAUGAAUGUCCUGAACUUGCUGAAAUUGCCUUAAAAUCUCUUAUUCCACUCCCUUCAACAUGCCUUUGAGAGACUGGCUUCUCUACUUGAGUGUUAUCAGAAUAAAACAUAGAAGCAGUUUAGAUAUACUGCUAGAUAUAUCUAAACCUAGAUUAGGUAAUUUAACAAGCAAGAAGCACACUCAUUUGUCAUGUUAAAAACUUUAAAUAUUGACAUACAAACACUGUAUAGCAGUUAGUAUGGGAAAUUGCUACUUCUCUCCCAACUUCUUGUUUAGAAAGGUCCCUGCAUGGCACAGAUGGUUUCCAGUUGGCCAGUAACCAAAAUGUUGGCAUUUUGAACCCACCUGCAGCACCACCACAGAAGAAACAGGCCUGGUAAUAUGCUUCCUUAAAGAUUGCAGCCAAGAAAACCCUAUGAAGCAGUUCUACUCUGUAACACAUGGGGUCUCCUAAGUCACAAAUCAACAACAAAAACAAAUUCUUGUUUCUUUGUUAUGACUGUGGAAUGACAAAAAAUGAGGGGUGUAAUAGCGAUUCUCUAUGGUAAUCACCUAGAUGCACACUUCCGGUGAACAAUGUGCAGUUUUUAUAUUUUUUCCUUGUAUCCUGUGUUACAGUUCUUCCAAUUAUUUGUUGAAAAUUAAUUUUUAUGUUUAAGAUACUAAAAAAUAUAGUUUGUGUUGUUUUUUGUUGUUUUCAUUCAAUUUUUCUAGUAACUUGUUUUUAUUUUAUGUUCCAGAAGUAUGAGUCGACGACAAAUUAGAAAUUAAGAAAGAAAGAUAAGUCCCUUCGCAGAUAGUGUGAGAAGAAUUGGCUUAGAGAGUCUUUAAUUCUCCUCUCCUGUUGCUCUGUUUCAUUGCCAUGAUUUAAAUCACUUUCCGUAUGCGCGUGUGUUAGAUUCUCUCAGGGCUGAAGUAACAGUGACUUGCUCAGUUCACCUGAAUUAUUUAGUGUCAAUGAUAAAUUCAAGGGGGAAAGGUGAGGGCAAGAAGAAGAGUCCCUACUGCCACACUUCCAGUCGACCCUCUAGCAGCAGACCCCCCUCCUUCCUGCCAUUGUGAAUAUUGGUAUCCUCAUCUCUUCAUCCAGCUUCUGCUGCACUGACCUCUCCAUGCUGCCAAUUCAUACGCUCAGGAGAGAGAAUAUGAUUGAUUCCCCUACUAAACUUUAGUAAAUUCUAUGAGCUGGACCAACUACAUGGUUUGUGGAGCCUGGAACAAAAUGAAAACGUGGGGCUCCUUGUCCAUAACUUAAGGAUUUUGUGACGGUCCCUGCAGAGCAUGAAACCAAGCCUGGGGCGUUCUUAGCACAGGGCCCAGUGUGACUGCAGAACUCAUAGGCCCAUAAAGCCAGCCCUAUCCAUGGGAAUAAGUCUGUAUCUGUACUGCUAGCCAGGGUGUCCCCAUGCCUAGCAUGUGGCUGGCACAUAGUAGACACUCAACAAAUACCUGUUGAAUGAAGUAAUGAUACCCUCAUCCAGUAGAGAGCGUUUCUAUUGAACAGAGCACUCAUGUCUCAGUUCCAAGUCACUUUGGAGGGAGGCCCCUGUCCACCUUAUAAAGACAGCUUUUGGGUCACAUCUGAUCCCUGCCCAAUCAGUUGUCACAGGGAUGGCAAGUGCACCUGAUAAUAAUCAUGAUGACUGUGGGAAAGGACAUGCUGGUAGAGGCUCACUUAGAAGGUGGCUGGGAGCAUGGUGGUCACUUAGAACACGAUGUGCUGCAUAUGGCUGAUGAUUCCCUGAUUUGUCUUUGGGAAAGCUCUUAGUUCUUUGGGGUCUCAGUUUCUUAAGUUGUAAAAUUUAAAAUGCAGAUAGUAGUACCUGCCCUGCCAACCUCACAGAAAUAACAGAAUCAUAUGAGCAAAUGUUGGUAAACAAAAAGGUAUUGCUACUAUAGUUUUUUCAUUGUUUUAGUGCUGCCAACAGCAGCCACAUACUUUACCCUACUGGCAACCAGACACCACCAGCUCUGGGCUCACAGAAAUUGCUAAAUCUUUAUUAAACGUUACGUGGUAGUUGGUGCUAUAUUUCUCCACUUUGUACUGUGUCCAGAAACCAGGCCUUAGAAAACAGCUUCUUUAGUGUAGUACAGGAAUACCGAAACAACAAGCAAAAGACAUGAGAAGACAGCUUUUCUGGUGGUAACAGUAUAUUACCUACAGUAGAAUUAGAGGUACCCUGAUCUAGGAGUUGCUCCUCCCUGUAGGAGGAAAGCAAGGUACAUUUGUGCUAUUUCCCCAUGUUAUAAGCUAAGGAGACAAUAUACCUUGGGCAGGAAUGUUGAAAGAGCUUUUAAACUCUGAGUCAGAAUCAACUUGAUGGUAGCAGGUUUGGUUUUUUGAGAAGGAAGAUAUUUCUCAAAACAGAGAGGGAAGAAAUUAAAUAAUCAGGUAAAUUUAACCACCACUUAAGGCUCUAACAGAUAUUUCAGGUGGCCCAGAGGUGUAAAGACAAUGGGAAGAGAGUUAAAAAAAAAAAAAACAAAGAAAAGGAAAAAAAUCCUCAAAAUGUUUGACCCCAUAUUCAAAUGCCCCCCAAUACAGGUUGAAUUCUCUUUGACAGGGCAAGGGCCAAGGAAGGAGACCAAAGUAGCAAGCCACUAAAUUUCUACAGUUUAAGCCACUGUACCAAGAGAAGAAAUUCUUCCACUUCCAAAUCUGAUGGUUUCUCCCAUGCAGAAAUGGCUAUUAGGUAAAAUAGCCAAGGCAGUUUAUUGACACUGACUAUAGCCGAAUCCUCAGGGUUACGUAGGUACCUAAAGAGUUGCUGUGCCUGGAGGCACAUCCGUCUCAUUUAUAACCCUCGUGAUCUCAACCUUCAUCUAAAGCACAAACCUUUCCCUAGUUCUCCCCAUCACCCUCCAAGAUGAACGAGAGACAACUAAUUACUUCCUUUGCAUGUGUAUUUUCUUAUUAAUAGUAUCAUGAACAUGAGGGAGCCCCAAACCAAGCAAACCAGAAGUGGGGUUUGCAGCGUGGUUUUAUUGAGAGUUUUCCCCUAUCUGGCUAGGCACUACCGUUGUUCUAAAUUUGUCUCUGGUGGUUGAAGGAAUACAGACAUUCUGCAGUCUUCACUUCUUUAUCUUCUCUCCUUAAUGGCUUGUUAAACUAUGCAUGCUUCCCAGAAUUCACUAAUUUAGCCCAUACAAUUUUUAUCAACUAAAACUGAUACGUUUCUCUUCUCUUUUGAUCAAUAAGAGCCAUCAGUGUGUUUUGGGUAAAGGCGAUCAGAAGGUAAAAAAUUGUGUACCAUGGAGCAAAACCAAGGAUUGUUGCUGUUGUUCCUGCUGCUUCUGACCAAUCGGCCUUUGACUCAUGGUGACCCUAUGCACAAUAGAAGGAAACGAUGCCCACCCCUGAAUGGAUGCAGAUAGGACCAUUGUGAUCCUUAGGGUUUUCAGUGGCUGAUCACCAGGCCUUUCUUCCUAGUCCAUCUUAGUCUGGAAGCUCCACCAAAACCUGUUUAACAUCAUAGCAACACACAAGCCUCCACUGACAGACAGGUGGAGGCUGUGUGUGAGGGGCAUUGUCUGGGAAUCGAACCUGGGUCUUCCACAUGAAAGGUGAGAAUUCUACCACUGAACCACCAAUGCAGUUCAAAUUUUCCCAGAAGCACCUUGGAAGAAAAGACUGGCAAUCUAUUUCCAAAAAACCAGCCAUUGAAAACUCUAUGGGGCACAGUUCUAUUCUGACAAACACAGGGUCGCCGUUAGUCAGAAUUGACUUGAUAGCAACUGGUAUCUACCUAUGUAGCUUUGAUAUUAAAAUUAAAACAAGUGUAGAGAGGAUGUAUCUUAAUAGUGUGACAGUAUUAUUAGUUAGCUGCUAAUAACAGAACUCAAAAUGACAAUGGAUUAGACAAUAUAGAAGGUUACUUUUAUCUCAGCCGAAAAUCUGAAGGUAGACAUUCCAGGGCUGGUCUGAAGGUUCUACUCAACAAAGUCCUCAGGAACACAGGUACCUUCAACACACAACUCUGUUAUCCUUGGGUGAUGUUCAUUGUCCAAGAUGACAGCCAAAAUUCACAUCCACAUUUUAGGCAGUAGGAUGGGGAAAGGGAUAAAGAAAAAGCUAGGGGCCCAUGCAACCUCUCAUUUAAGAGAAAUUCCUGGAAACUGCCAAAAUACACUUUCACUUACAUCCCACUGAGGAAAACAUGGGCAUAAAGCCACACCAGGAUGCAGACAAUGCAGGAAAAUGUGUUCUUUAUUUUAUGAGGCCACGUGACCAGCUAAAAUUCAGGAUUCUGUUAAUACAAAGCAAGGGAGAACAGCUAUUGGAAAACAACCAGCAGCCCUUGCCGUAAGUAGGAAUGUAAAUACCUAUCAACUGGAUGCUUGGACACAGUCUCUGUGGAAGACUGUUACACUGAUGGCCCCCAGUGAAUCACACCUACUGAUAUCAUGCCCUGUGUAGUCUCCUCCCAUAGUGAUUUGUUUGACCAACGGGAUAUCAGCUAAUGUAAAGCGAAGAGUAACUUGAUAAGUGCUUGUGCUUUAGGGUAUGCUCUCCUAUAACCCAGCUGCCAUGUAAGAAGCAUAAACUAGUCCCCAUGAGGAUGACAGACCACACAGAGAAAGAGGCCUAGCAUCCCAGCUGAGCCCAGAUCCCACCUACCUACCAGUUAAGAUCAGCAGAAAAACCACUUAACCAACAGAAUUGUGAGAAAUAAUUAAUCAUCAUUGUUUUUAGUCAUUAAUUUUGGAGACAAUUUGUUAUGCAGCGGUAGAUAAGUGAUAUAGUCCCUAAACAAUUUUCUUCAGUUAAUCAAGCAUUUACUGAGCACCAAUUAUUAUAUGUAUACAAAUAUACAUAUAUGCCAAAUAUUUUACAUAACAAUAAUUUGGGACCAUUAAGGAGGAUAUGUCAUAUUACUGAGGAGCUCUGGUGGUGCGGUGGUUAAAGCGCUAGCUUGCUAACCAGGAGGUCAUCAGUUUGAGCCCACCAGCUGCUCCAUGGGAGAAAGCUGUGGCAGUCUACUUCCAUAAGAUAUAUAGCCUUGGAAACACUAUGGGGCGUUUCUCCUCUGUCCUAGAGGGUCACUAUGAGUCAGAAUUGACUCAACAGCAGUGAGUUUGGUUUUUUUGGUUUGCCAUAUUACUUAAAAUUCAUAGCUUCAUGAGACAGAUAUGCCCUGGCUAAUGAGCAAAAAAUUAUUGGAAGAAAAAGAAGUUAUCGGAAGAAUACUACAUGGAAUUAAAAGAAAUGCAGAAAACCAAGAAUCAGGAAGGGCAGUGUAUCAGACACCACCUCAGAGUCUAACAGCAUAACAUAUGGUUCGUCCCUGAAUGUAUAAACAGCUGGCGUCCCUCACAUUGGUUCCCUGAUCUGUGACUCCUGACUCGUGAUAGCCAUUAUGUCGGAGUUGCCAAGUAGAAGCCCCUGAAAUCACCACUACCACCCCCAUCAAGGAUAGUAAAUCAGAAGCAUCCUAAGAAAACUGCAGAGGAUUACAUCACCAUUAAAGGUUCAAAGAGUGCAGGGUUGUGGUUUCCAUUACAUCUCUAUUCAACUCUCCUGUUUGACCCCUGCAAAAAUAGGAUCAUGGCAGAUGACAAUAGACUGCCAUAAAUUUAAUCAUGGUAGCCACAGUAGAAACUGCCAUGUAGCAAGCAGUAUCUUCACUAGAGCAGAUCAAAAUAGACUUGACAUUUGAUCUGCAGUAAUUAAUUUGGUGAGUAUACUUUUCUUGAUUCCCAUCAGUAGGAAGUAUCAAAAGCGGUUUGCCUUUACACAGGAAUGAUGCCAAAAACUGAAACCAAUUGUCAUUGAGUUUAUUCCAAUUCAUGGUGACUCCAUGUGUUGCAGAGUAGAACUGCACUCCAUAGGAUUUUCAAGGCUGGGAUCUUUCAGAAGCAAAUAGCCAGGCCUUUCUUCCAAGGCACCAGCUAGGUGGGUUUGAACUGACAACCCUUUGGUUAGCAGUCAACUGCUUAACUGUUUGUGCCACCAGGGACUCCAAUAGGAAUGGUGGGAGUAUAUAUUUACUUUCUAGGCCCAGGUUUAUUUUAACUCUUCAGCUUUCUCUCCUGCUGAGUAUGAAGGGGCAAACAAUUAUCAAUUUGCUUGUCAAAUUGAUUUGCAGAUCAAUGCUUAUUUAUUUUUUUCCCAAUAUGCUAUAGAGUAAUAUUUUUGGAAGCUACUGAACUCGACCAGCAUAUACCCUGCUCCAUAUGAUUUUGAAAACACUUGAGAUGUUCUAUACCCUGUGUGAGUCUAACUGAUCAAAUGAUUUGCCUGGUUGUCACAGCAAUGUCGAAUUGCUAUGAAGGUUUCUAAACACAUAUUCUUAGUUUCUGAAUUUAUGUUCCUUGGAUUGGUAACCAAGAGUUACCAACCAACACCAGUCCAUAGACCAGAUUUUGAGUAAUAAGCUUUAAAUGUUGUUGUUAGGUGCCAUCAAGUUAGUUCUGACUCAUAAUGAACCUCCAUACAACAGAAUGAUACACUGCCCAGUCCUCACAAUCAUUGCUAUUUUGAGCCCAUUGUUGCAGCCACUCUGUCAGUCCAUCUUGUUGAGGAUCUUCCUCUUUUUCACUGACCACCUACUUUACCAAGCAUAAUGUCCUUCUCCAGGAACUAGUUCCUCCUGAUAACAUGUCCAAAGUAUGUGAGACAAAGUCUCACCAUCCUGCUUCUAAGGAGCAUACUGGCUAUAUUCCUUCUUCCAAGACAGAUUCAUUUGUUCUUAUGGCAGUCCACAGUAUAUUUAAUAUUCUUCACCAACACCGGAACAAUGAAUAAGGAAGACCAAAGAAUAAGCUUUAGAUGGUUUAGGAAAACACACGUAUGCCAAAGAGUAGAAGACAAACUCUAAGAUAAUCUAAAGGCUUGCCACAUCAAUGGAGUUUUUAGGAUUCCAAGGCACUGCGCAUGCUGGAAACAUCACUUUUAAUGUAAAGGUCAAGUUGUUGCACCUUUCACUUCCUGCCAUUAAGAAAGAGGCUCAUCAUUUUAUGAGUCUCUUUGGAUUUAAAAACAGCAAAUGCUGUGUUUGGGAAUACAGUUCCAACCCGUAUAUCAGAUGACUUAGAAAGCUUCCAGUUGCAAGUGGGCACCAAAAUAAGAGACAUCUCGGGAUCAGAUCCAGGCUGCAGCUCAAGCUGCCCUGCCACUUGAGCUGUAUAACCUAGCAGAUCCAAUAGUGCGAGAGGUACCUGAGGUGGAAAAGUGCUGUAUGGCAUGUCUGGCAAACCACAAUAGGAGCUAUACCCUAAGGCUCUGGAGCAAGGCACUGCUUCUGCAACAGAGAAUUACUCUCUACUUGAUAAAUCAGCUCCUGUAGAGCUACUGGGCUGUAGUAGAGACUGAGUUGUCUGACUGUGGGGCUCCAAGUGCCUAUACACUUGGAGUGGACAAUCACAAUCUGAUGAUUAUCCAGUGAGUCAUAAGGUCUGGCAGACACAGUAACAAUUCAUGGUACAAUGAACAUAGUACAUUUAGGAUCAAGCCCAAGCAAAGAUGAAUAAGUUAUGUGAACAAAUGACCCAAACUCUUGUAUCACCAAUCUCUCUGUACUGACAUCUCUCCCUCAAUUCUGUGAUCAAAGGGAGUUCUCUAAGACCAACUAAUGGAGGAUGAAAGACCUUGAGUCUAGUUUACAUAUGGAUUGGUAUAAGAUAUAGGUGCUAGCAAAAAUUGACUGCUGACAUUACAAUCCCACCUAAGAGUAACUUGGAGUGAUAAAGGGAAAUCCUCCCUUGGGCAGACUUGUGACCAGUACACUUGAUUGCUCACUUCUUAGGAGGAAAAAAGUGGCAUGAAGCAUGGAUAUACAACUGGGCAGUGAUGAAUGGCUUAGCUAGUUGGUCAUGACCUGAAUGAAACAUGAUUGGAAUAUUACAGACAAGUCUGGGAAAAGGUAUGUGACUGGACCUGUGGGAGUGAGAAUAAACCAUUUAUAUCUCCUGUUAAUUCCCACCAGAGAGUAUCUACCAUAAAGAAGGCUCUCAGCCUGCAGGUGAACAAGAUGUCUCAUCUCGAAGAGUCAGCUAGCCUUUUUCUCCAGCCACUCUAGUGCUAUCACCAAAAAAAAAAAAAAAGGUCCCAUGAAUUGAGAGGUCAUGAUGGCUAAGAUGGAAGCCUUACAUGGGCUCAAAAAUAUGGGCUUCUUCUUGCCAAUUCUGACCUAGCUAUAUUGAUGACUACUGUCCUUGUUGAAAUACUAACCUGCCAAUAGUAGAGAGCAACACUGAAUGCUUGAUAUGGCAUUAUUCUUUAAGAAGACUAGUCAGUCAUUUGAUGGCAGAUUGAUUACAUUGGACCCCUUCCAUCUUAGAGGAAGCAGUGAUUCACACUUAUUGAAACUGAUAGCUAAUCUGGUUAUGAAUUUGCCUACCUUGUCCUCAGUGCAUCUGCCAGCACGACCAUUCUAGAAUUUAUAGAAGCCUGAUACAUUGACAUGAUAUCCAAGCCAUCACAGUAAUGGCUCAGAUCAAGGGACCCAUUUUAUGACAAAAGAGAAAACAAUGAACACAUGACCAGUAACUUCACUUCAUCUGUAUCAUUUAGAUCUUGUUGCAUAACAAACCAUCCCACUUAGUGGCCUAAAAUUACAGCCGUUUGUGAUUUCUCAUGAAUUUACUAUUUCACUGAGCUGCUAAGCUGAGCUGAACUUGCAGGUCUCAGCUGGCGUACUUAAGUAUCUGCAGCCAGAUGGUUAGCUGGGUUUGGCUGAUAUAAAAUAGCCACAUAGCUCUCAUAUUCCUUUCAGUAGGCUAGCCUGGGCUUGUUUUCAUAGCAGUGAUAGGAUUUUAAGAUGUGUCCGGAUUGUACGCACUUUUAAAGUCUCUAUUGUAUCUUAUUUGCUAACAUCUCACUGGCUGAAACAAGUCACAUGGCCAUGUCCAGAGUCAAUGUGGAUGGGUACUACCAAAGGGCAUGGAAACAAGAAAGUAUAAAAGCUGGGAGUGUUGUUACAAUUUAUUUAUCACACCACCUUCCAAAAGUUACAAGUCUGUAGAAUCAUAGAAUGGCCUGUUAAAGGCUCAAUAAAUGACUAGCUUGGGAGCUUCACCCUGCAGGGUUGGGCACUGUCCUCCAAGGUACAGUAUAUGUUGUACCAACUGAACCGACAGUUAAUAAAUAGGUAUUGCCCCUGAGGGCUAGAAUAGAUGGGUUCAGGAAAUAAAGGGUAGAAGUAGGAUUAGCUGCUUGAAGUGAAUGGAUGCAAUUAGUGCUUUGCUUAAUCCCCCUUACCUACUGGCACACCCAUUCUCAAGCUGCUGUGAGUGUUAGCUAAAAAUUGGCCUCAGCCAAAUGGGAACUGCCUCCACAGACCCACCACCACUGACCCACCUACCACCAUAGACCUUGGCCAGUGAUUAACUCACAUGAAGAUACAAAAGAGUAGAGGAAAGAGAGAUGAAGAAUAUCAAUUAAGGCCUUGGUAAAAAAAAAAGAAAAAAAAAUUUUUUUUAUUGUCUUUAUCAGUAGGUACUAUAUUUUGUUUCAUUAAACCUCUUAAGUCUCUUCAGAUAUUAUAGGUGGCCACCAUCUUGAAAGAGAUUCUGUGACAAAAUAGACUUGUACCUUUCCUCUCAGGGAGUAAAAUAAUGGCAUCAUCUUCUCACAAAAACUGAGCCCCUGUUGUAGUAUGGGAGCAGAAUAUAAUGGGAGGGCAUGAAUGGACAUGAGUGGUGCAAACAGUAAAUUUAUUCAAACUCAGUUUAUGUACCACCUCAUAUGUUCUUGGCCUCAGCUGCUCCAGACUCCUUAAAACAAACUGUCAUCAAUUUGACCCCAGCUCAUUCCUGGGUGGUGCAAACAGUUAAUAUGUUUAACUGCUAACCUAAAGGUUGGAGGUUUCAGUCCACUCAGAGGCACCUGGGAAGAAAGGCCUGGUGAUCUACAUCUGAAAAAUCAGCCAUUAAAAACAUUGUGGAGCACAGUUCUACUUUGGCAUACUUGGGGUCACCAUGAGUUGCUAGGAUCUUUAUCCACUUGCUUUUUUUUUCCCAGCCAGCAUUGUGGUAAUCAACUCUCUGUGAACUGCACUGCCUUGACAAUAGACAUCACAUGACCAUAAUUCAACAGUAGCUCACCUUGUACCCAAAUAAUAUGGCUUCCACUUUCUGCUCCAGAGCUUUCCUGCUUUCAGGCAAUGAGGCAUGAGAUGCUGUAGGACCUGUUAGUACCCACACAUGCACAACCCAGAAAUAUAGGGGAUAAUAUUCAUGGAGGGAAAAAAAACUUUAACAAGGAGAUCUGGCAGAUACAUUCUUCUGUCUUCUUCCUCCAGAAGUUCUGUCCUGCAAUUAAAAUACCAAAAACCAAACCCGUUGCCAUCAAGUCCAUUCCAAUUCAUAGUGACCCUAUAGGACAGAGUAGAACUGCCCCAUAGGGUUUCCAAGGAGCAACUAAGAGUUUCAGACAUGCUAACCUUUUGGUUAGCAGCCAAAGCUAUUAACUACUGUGCCACCAGGACUCCUUUCCUGAGAUAAAAAAAAAAACUAAACCCGAUGCCAUCGAGUCAAUUCUGGCCCAUAGUAACCCUGUAGGACAGAGUAGAACUGUCCCAUGGGAUUUCCAAGGAGCACCUGGUGGAUUUCACCUGCCAACCUUUUGGUUAGCACCAUAGCUCUUAACCACUAUGCCACCAGGGUUUACUGAGAUUGGAGUCAUUUAUAUUAUCAAAUGAUGCUCCCAUGAGACUGACCAAUCAGUUGCAUUUAAUGCCAAGUGAGGGCAAGCUAAGUAAUUCAACCUUGUAGCAAUUCUUUCUGCUCUCCUGCCUCUGUUCUUUUUGCUGUGACUCUAGCUUCCAAGUGAUUGUACUCCCUAAUAAUGUAGUAGUAUAUAAGUUAUUCCCUCAGGCUUUACUCUCCAGGAAACCAGGCCAAAACUGAUAGGAUAUGAGGCCAUCCUCUUGGGUUCCAGUGCCUACUCAGGAGUUUCAGCUUGUCUUUGUUCCCCUACUUUGAAAUCCAUCUUCCCCACUGCCUGCCCUGAGGACUUCAAGCUCCAGCAUCACAUCAAAAAUGAGUCUUACAGAGACUCUUUAACUAGUUCUCACAAUUGUGUGUGAUCAAAUCUAUGCAACAAAUCCCUUGUUUUACAUAAAUAGAUGAUGGAUGGAUGGGUGGGUGGGCUGGUGGAUGGAUG